UCUCGUUGUUGAGUCGGACGUGUCCGUCAUCCAGGGCUUCCAGAGUCUACUGCCGUGUUCAGCUCAAGGAGUUCCAGAACCCAAGAUUGACUCGGAGAAGAACGGAAAUUCAUCCGCAUCACAGAGCCUCCAGUUCUGAGAGGAGACAGCCAUUUGUCUCAGACUGUCUCUCGUGGUUCUGUGCUUAUGUUGGAUUGUCCUGUUAGAGGAAGUCCAGCUCCGGUAUUGCGCUGGUAUAAAGACGGCCGUCUGCUGCAGGUCACUGAGCAUCUUCACCGUCUCCAUAACGGCUCUCUCAUUCUGUACAGUGUCACGAACAGGGAUUCAGUAGAGUAUCGGUGUGUUGCUGAAAAUGAGGUGGGAGUUACAGAGAGGACGAUAUCUCUGAAACUACAGGUUGCAGGAGGUUACUCUCACUGGGAGCAGUGGGGGCCCUGCAGUGUCACAUGUGGGCGUGGCCUCCAACAGCGGACUAGACUUUGCAACAACCCAGCACCGACCAAUGGAGGAGCAACAUGUGAGGGUCCAGAUACAGAGUCCAGGCAGUGCCAGACGUCCAUUUGUUCAGGGCUCGUGCCAGUGUGAUCGGGGUGGUAAAUGAUCAUGAGUUUGGUGUUUCUUUCCUUGCGGUGAACAUCAGUGAGAACUCUGAAAGCAGAAACAGCAGACUGGAGGCUCACAUGGAGAACGUUCCUCCCAGUGUGGGUGUAGUUUUCGGAGAUUUGAACUUCAGUAGGCUACAUCCCCCGGCGCUCUGCGCAUAACACCGGCCCA